AAUGUGGAGAAUUUCGAGUCCACAGAACGUGGGCAGCUGGUGGGCUGAGCUUCGGCUCAGUCCUGCGAAAGGAGGACCUGGUGUGGAACAGCAGCUCCAGGAAAAGCUCCAGGAAGCUCCAGGAGAGCCGGCCCCCACCCCACCCUGCCCCACAUGCCUGCUCCUCUCCGAGAUGGACAGAGCCUGCACUGAGCGGCUGCCCGCCGGCCACACAGCCAGCUGACAUGGGCACCGGCAGGGCUGCGCGGCUGCGCUGGGCGAUCCUGGGCUUGCUGAUGCUCAGAGGCCACAGCUCCCAGCGCAUGCCAGCUCAGACUCCUCAGGGAACCCUCAGCAAUCAAAAUCUGGCCACAGAGCCGACUUCUCCCACCCCAGGAAACAAGUCUUCCCCAGAGCCUGGCAGCCCUAAGCUUCUUCCGAUCAGCACCAGCGCCCCAGCGCCUGCCCAGAAGGCCUCGCCUGGCCCUCUGCUGUCAAGUAAGGCUGGAACGCCCAGGGUAAGCACUGAGGAUGGGCACAACCUGUCCCUACUGGGCCAGACCCAGCUGCACAAGAGCACGCCAGAACUUGAAUCAUCUCAGAACGCCACUCCCAAUGCAAUCACCAUGAGCCUGAGGACAAGGGGAGAUGUGACCGUCCUGCCCAGCCCCACAUCAGAAACGAUACUCACUGUGGCUGCCUUUGGUGUUAUCAGUUUCAUCGUCAUCCUGGUGGUUGUGGUGCUUGUCCUGGUGGGUGUGGUCAGUCUAAGGUUUAAGUGUCGGAAGAACAAGGAUUCCGAAGACCCCCAAAAACCAGGGAGUUUGGGGCUAUCUGAAAGACUCCCUUCCCAACCCAGCUGCUCCACGGCCAAUGGAGAGAAACACAGCAUCACCCUCAUCUCCAUGAAGAACAUCAACAUGAAUAACAGCAAGGGCUGCUCCUCUGCGGAGAAGGUUCUUUAAAAGUGACUUUGGUGUCCCUGCUGGUCCAAGGAUGAUGCAGCUGCUCUGUGACUGUGAGGAGGGAAAAAUGAAAUUGUUUGAGGCAACGAACCACACUUAAAUUAUUUUAUUGUUUCAUGUCUGCUCCCAGAUCUAAAGGACCCUGGCAUUCCUCCAGGUCUGGGAGCAAGCUUCUCAGGCGAGAGCCUCCCUCCCACCAGGACAGCCACUCCGAGUCAGGGCCGGCACUGCGCCUGCUCAGGCUCGCAGGAGAGGGAGUGCAUGGAGCGAGAGUACGGCGCAUGCUGAGUGGACUGAGCCUUUCUACUUGCAUUAAAAUUAUUUUCUGGCCUGCAGCCUAA